UAUACUCUCGCAAACAGGGUCUGAUCGAUUGUGGGCGUUCAGCAGAUCGUCUUUUUCGAAGGUGUUUGUAUUGAACGUUAGGGCUUCAAAGUCCGUUUGAUAAGGCGGUUAGUAUCAGUUAGUAUUUAACGAAAUGACUGUAGAGUUUCGGUUGACAACCAGAUGAAUUACGAAUCAAGCGAGAUCAUGGAAUCCUCUCUGAAAUCAGCUGCCCCUGAGGGUAUAGCCGGUGCACGGAAUGAAACAGCUCUUCUCGAAUUGAUGGAAAGCACUGGAUACAAUAUAAUUCAAGAAAAUGGUCAAAGGAAGUUCGGUGGACCACCUCCUGAUUGGGGAUCUGAUGUUCCUACUCCUUCUAAAGGUUGUGAAGUGUUUGUAGGUAAGAUCCCUCGUGAUUUAUUUGAGGAUGAACUUGUUCCAGUUUUUAUGAAAAUUGGUAGAAUUUAUGAACUUAGAUUGAUG